GGGCACUGCAGCUCAACGAAGCCCUUCUUAAACCCAUCUCGCCGGUGCUCCCGUCGCAAAACACCUUUCCCGUGUGCGCCCUCUCCGUUCUCCUCCACCGUACACAAGUCCGUCAAUUGGACCACUACAUUCCUUCCCCUUUCUUUGCACUUUGGUAACCCAAGUCUUACUCCAGACUUUUCGCGCAAAUCACAAUGCCGUCUCUCGGGCGCCUGUUUACACUGGCGCUGUGGAUCGGUCUCCUGACCCCCAUCUACAUGUUCCUCGAGAAGAACUUGGAAAAGUUCUACAUCUUUGACCACGAGCACCUACACGACCUCUCCAAGCGCGCCAUCGCCACCCAUGGAAACGAUACGCGCUCCGUCGUCAACUACAUUGUGACCGAGCUCAACGGCCUGCACCCCACCAACGUCAACCUCGACGAGGAAUGGGUUUUUAACAACGCUGGUGGUGCCAUGGGCGCCAUGUACAUCAUUCACGCCAGCAUCACCGAGUACCUCAUCGUCUUCGGCACCGCCAUCGGAACCGAGGGCCACUCGGGCCGUCACACCGCCGACGACUACUUCAACAUCCUCUACGGCACCCAGCUCGCCUACGUCCCCGGCAAGUACGAGCCCGAGGUCUACCCCCAGGGCACCGUCCACCACCUGCACCGCGGCGACGUCAAGCAGUACAAGAUGGACGAGGGCUGCUUCGCGCUCGAGUACGCCCGCGGCUGGAUCCCGCCCAUGCUCUUCUUUGGCUUCGCCGACGGCCUGUCCAGCACCCUCGACUUCCCCACCCUGUGGACGACGACCCGUAUCACCGGUCGCGAGAUGAUUUCCAACCUGCUCAAGGGCAAGUUCUAGAAAGAAGACAACGUCUAGGUAUGGGGAGGGCUUCUUGGAAGGUCUCAGUCAUGGGCGUAAAGUAGGAUGGUUCAAGAGAUGGAAAUCUUUGGACCUAGUGAUGGAGCGCGUAUAGAGUGGUUUUUUCUGCUGCUCUCUUCUUGCAUAUCCUAUUCGGCCGUUCCGAACGUUCAUAUAGACAUUUAAUAAUACCGAGCAGCAAGGCCG